AUGUUGAGCAUCGACGAGCCACUGUCGGAAAUCGAUGUCCGGGAUCUCCUGUUCUUCAACACUGUCCAGACUGAUGUCAUUUCGCUCAGUGAUCUCAGUGAUUACCUGCAAAAUCCACCCGAAUUCGAACUAAUAGUUACCGAAAAAGUACAAAAAAUCCCGCCGACGCGGAAAAAUCCGCCAAAAAAGCGCAAAAAACCCGCUAAAAAGCUCUACAAACGUCGCAAAAACAAAGAAUGUCACAUUUGCGAAAAACAGUUUACGACAACGACAAAACUCAAUAUACAUAUUCUCGUGCAUUCGGGAUCGCGACCUUUCAAGUGCACCAAAUGCGACAAAAGUUUUUCGCAGGAAUUCAAUUUGAAGCGUCACGAAAUGGUGCAUCAACCGCAGCGCCAGCGGAAAUUCCAAUGUCACGUCUGCGGAUUAUUUUAUCUGGAAAAACAUCACUUAACGGACCACAUUUUGGCGUGUCACAGUUUGAUGGAUGCCAACAAGAAAAUCGUUUGUGAUAUCUGCAAGAAAACGGUGAAAAAUAAAAAUAGUUACAGGACUCAUCGAUAUCGGCACGUUACUUUCAUGGAAAAUGAGAUUUAG